GUAAAAAAGUGAAAACCUUUAAAAAAAAAACUUGUUAAACUUAAAUUAUUUUUCAACACCUGCUUAGCAACAAGUGGUUUUUAAACGUUUUUUGGGCUUGACCAAUCAUUUUCAAAACCAUAAAGGAAACUGUUGCAUUUCGUGCAACACGCAACAAUCUAGAUUACAGACACCAGCCAACAGACAGCACACGGAAGCAGCACACAUCAUAAACUAUUAAAGUAAGUAAAAACUACAAAAGUAGCUAACAGCACACUGUAGAAACCUAAUACCAUCUACCAUGUUGUUUUUCUCUACAGAUUUAGCAAUAAGGAUGAUGAAUUCCUCCUGUGAUAACAUCUACAUGGUGCUCAGCAGCUCAGAGAAGGUGGCCAUAGGUACGAUCUGUCUGCUGAUUGCUCCGCUCAGCCUCAUGGUCAAUGCUCUCGUCCUGUUUGUGAUCGUCUGCUCUAGAAACUUAAGAAGACAGCCGUCGUACCUGUUUAUGGGAAGCUUGGCAUUGGCUGACACCAUUGCUUGCUGCUGUUUCACCAUCAACUUCCUCAAUUUCCACCUUUUUAAUGAGGAUUUCUACUUUCAGAGAGCAGAGUUUCUUCUUAAACUUGGUGGCGUGUCCACAGCAUUUACGGGAUCGGUUGGAAGUCUGCUUGUGAUGGCAGUGGAUCGCUAUCACGCAAUAUACAAGGCUGGCACUUAUAAAGUUCUGCUCACAGUUAAAAAAACAUUGGUGUGCAUUUUGGCAUUAUGGAUCAUGGCUGCUCUCAUAUCCUUCCUUCCUCUGAUGGGAUGGAGUUGUGAAGAUUCUCCAUCAUGCUCCAAUCUCUUUCCAUACGUGGAUCGUAGCUACCUAGCAUUCUUUGCCAGUCUUGUGUUGGUGGUUCUGUUUCUCAUUCUGCUAGCUUACGGUCUAAUUGUAUGGUGGGCUCAUAAACACGAAGCUAACAUGUGUGCAGAACAUCCAGGACUAGCACGCAUUCGUGUGGACGUUCAUCUGGCAAAGACGUUCGCCUGUAUUAUGCUGAUUCUGUUGGUGUGCUGGCUGCCUGUGCUUUCGUUUAUGAUGACAGAUGUAGUUACGACAGAGCUUUCAAAACCACAGAAAAGGGCAUUUGCUUUUUGCAGCGUAUUAUGUCUGCUGAAUUCAGGCAUCAACCCGCUGCUGUACUCCUUGCGCUGUCGUGAGCUACGUGCAGCACUGAAAUCAUUACUGAAUGUUUUAGGGAAAUGCAUGGGUUGUAGAUUACCCAGACCAGGUUGUAGUAAGUAAUAUGAUGUUAGUUUUGCAUAUAUAGCAUUUUUUGAAUCUGUAAAAAAACAAAAGAAGGAUCUGAGGGUGACGAGGAAGCAAACAUAUUCAAGAUCAGCUUGUAAAUCAGAUUUUUUACUGUGUUAUAUUUUAAAUAAAUAUUUUUUCCCUUGAAUAAAUAUUAACUUUAAUUAGCAAACAUGUCGCUGUCUUCUGACUUAAUACAUAAAUACACUUCAUUGAACAUGUACACAUAGAUAUCAACUAUAUACUAUACAACUGCAGGUUAACUGUAUACACAGUUGAAACCAGA